AUGAUUAAUGUCUAUAACAUAUUAAAAGUAUUAUCAAACUAUAUCUCUCAUAAAUUUGACGAUACUGUACCCUCGCCAAUUACUUUUGACGAAGAGUACAUUGCUUUAAACCUAUUUAAUUGUUUAUCUUCCAUUCUGGAAAGUGGUUCAUAUCUCUUCGAUAUUGAAACUACACUCGAUCAUGACGAUGAAUUAGAUGAUCCCGACGUCACGAGUUCUGCUGUCCCAACACCAAUGUCUAUAGAUCUUGAUAUUAAUCUUGACGCUGAUUAUAAGUCCACCGACGAUGACAACGACGACGACGACGAUCACUGUCUGCGAGAUGACUUUUCAUUGGACUACAUGAAACGCGCUGUUGAUUAUUUUGAUGAGACGGAUGCAGCAACAGGACAGCGCAAAAGAAGUUGGUGCUCAGUCAAACACAUGUUUCGACGUAUUCCAAAUCCCCAAUACAUCACCCGCUUUCGGAAAUAUAUUGAAGCUGGGGGUACCAAGAAACAAAAAAUUGAUGAUAUUGACACCUAUGUCUAUCAUCAAUUUGAAAACGCACGCCAUAGGUUGCUAGCUGUUCAUGAUAUUGAUUUGCGUCGAUGGGGUCUCCAAAAAGCUCGCGAACUAAAUCUGAAUAGUUUCGAAGCUUCCGAAAAAUGGCUAUUGUCGUUUAAACAUCGACAUAGAAUUUCUAGUCGAAAAGUAACUCAAUUGAUUACGAAAAGGUAUAUUGAAAGUCGUCAAGAAAUUGACGAAGCAGCAACAAAAUUUGUUGCAGAAACGUCGAAAUUCAUUGAGAAAUACAAUCCCAACGAAGUACUCAAUACUGAUCAAGUGGGAAUUAAUUUUGAAUUGUAUGACAAUCGAACUUUAACAUAUAUGGGAGAACAAUCUACCUGGAGUUCGGUUCGAUCGGUUUACAAUACCACUCAUUCUUACACGAUACAAAAUACGAUAACAAUGAGAGGAACUGUGUUCGGUCCACUCUAUCUUUGUUUAAAAGAGCAAACCGGACAUAUGAGCGAUAAAAUAAAAGAGAACUUAUUUCAUGCUCAAAAUGUUGUCGUGACGUGCUCGAAAAGUGGAAAAUUAACUUCGUCACUUGUCACUUACUGGCGUGACCAUUGCUUAAUUCCAAAUUUGUCGUCCAAAACAUUACUUCUUGUGGAUAGCUUUCCUUCUCAUGCUAAUCCAGAUGUGUAUAAGCAUUUGAAAGAUUUUGAAUUUAGAGUAAUACCACCGAAAACUACUUCAAUAAUCCAACCACUUGACGUUUAUUAUAAUCGGCAAUACAAGAUGAUUCUACGACGUAUCUUCGAUUAUGUACGGCUCGACGAUAUUCAUAUUAAUUUGGCCGAACGUAACAAUGUGAUUAAAUUACAUUCACUUGUUAAUUCACAAAUGAAAUCAAAAGCUUUCGAACCAAUGAUUAAAUACGCAUGGUACAGAAGCGGAUAUUUAAAAACUGAUCCCGGUCCAUUUCGCAACGUUAAAGAAAUUUGUUUUACAUUUGAAAAAGAUAAAUGUUGCGAAGAAAAUUGCAUAAACGAUCAAAUAAUUCGAUGUUCGUGGUGCCAGCACGAACUUUGUUUUGUUCAUUUCUUUGUGAAUUACCAUUAUCAUUAG